AUGCACCUCAGCAAGGCCAAGAUUUCUAAACCAGCACCUGAAUGGGAAGGAACAGCAGUCAUCAAUGGAGAGUUUAAAGAACUAAAAUUGUCAGAUUUUGGAGGGAAAUACCUUGUUUUCUUCUUUUAUCCUCUUGACUUCACAUUUGUGUGACCAACCGAGAUAAUUGCCUUCAGUGACAGAAUUGAAGAAUUCAGAGCAGUAAAUUCUGACGUAGUAGCUUGCUCUGUAGAUUCGCAGUUCACUCAUCUAGCAUGGAUCAAUACACAACGGAAACAAGGAGGACUUGGACCUAUGAAGAUACCACUUCUUUCUGAUUUGACACACCAGAUUUCAAAGGAUUAUGGUGCUUAUCUAGAGGACCAAGGACAUGCUCUUAGAGGCCUGUUCGUUAUUGAUGACUGUGAGAAGAUCCAGCAUUUUGUAUUUUGGUAA